AGAUACGUAUCUAGGGCAAAGUCAUAGUGCCAUACAGCGUUUGUCUGACUUUUGGAAACAGGCAUCACAUUAAGUAGUCCCAUCCCUAUUUGUAUAUAUUUCAGGACGUGAGGAGAGGGACCCUGGAAGACACCUCUUAUUUUGUUGAAGUCCAGCAGAACAGUUAAUUUUGGCUUUGUAAAUUUACUGAUACGGUACCAGGAUGAGACUUUUCAUUUUAUGGCUGCUUAUUCCCCUGGCAGCGGCCAGCAAGAUCCUGAUCCUGCCCAACCAGGAGAGCAGUCACAUCCGAGCAAUGGCAACCACAGGUCGUGCCCUUGCCAAGAGAGGGCACCAGGUAACUGUAGCAGUGCUGUACUGCCAAAAACAGGGGCCAGCUGUCAUUGGGAAAAUGGAGCAGCUACUAUGGGGCGAUCCAAAUGAGAAAACAUAUUUCUCAAACAAGCCUGAAACGAGCAAACUGAUGCUAAAACACUAUCGCGAGUCACAAGCAAUAGAGACUAUCCUCUAUACAGUGUUUGAAUGGCCGAGAUCGGUAUGUGAUUAUUUGAUGAAGGACAAGAAACUAUACAACACUGUCAAGGCACUCAAGUUCGACCUGGUCAUAGUCGAUGGCCUACCUAUUACCAGAUGCAACUACUUCUUUGUUCAUAACCUUGGACUACCAUAUAUUUCACAGACGGCAAUCUAUCCCAUUGACAUCAGCUUUUUAUCUCAAUAUUUCAACAAUCCUUUCACAACCAAUUCCCAGUUAUCGUCGCCAGAAAAUUAUCUGCACAAUGAUGUUGGUAAACAGACUUUUCUUAUGUGAACUCAACGUGUUGUAAUGGAAAUUAUAAUACGUAUUCUAAUCCGAUAUCAACAGUACGCACAGUAUGAAAGAUAUAAAACUGACUGGACUGACCGGCCGCUGACAAAAUCCCUUUCACAGCUUGCAGCAGAGAGUCAAUUAUGGCUGAUUGAACAACACCCCGUCUUAGACUUCCCGAGGGCUACAUAUGGCAACAUAAAGUACAUUGGUGGCAUGAAUUAUAAAAAGUCUCAACCACUAACUGGGAAAUAUGCUGAGCUAGCCGACGGAGCAACUGGUGGUUUCAUUGUAGUUUCAUUAGGAGCAGACCUUCUGUUUUUGCCGAAAGACUUAGGUGACAAAAUGGUAGCGGCAUUCAAGAAAUUACCUAACUAUACAUUCAUAUGGGCAACCAAAGGAGAAUUGACCGAAAUGCCUGGAAACGUUUUUAGAACCGACUGGAUUCCACAGAAUGAUUUAAUAGGCCAUAAAAACUGUAAACUUUUAAUCACACAUUGUGGUAACAACGGUCAGUUUGAAGCGGUUGGUAACGGUGUGCCAAUGUUAGGAAUCCCGAUUCAUCGUGACCAGCCACCAAAUGCAUGGCGCAUGAAAGACAAAGGUUUUGGACUAACAGUUCACCUGCUCACUGGAACAGUUGAUGAAAUUGCAGACAAAAUCAAAGAAGUCAUAAUGAACCCUGAAUAUAAGAACAAUGUGAUAAAAGCUAGCAAAAUCUUUCACGACGGUGCCAUGACACCGACAGAAACCGCUGUCUAUUGGGUCGAACAUGUGCUAAAACAUGGUACAGAAUACCUUAAAAGUGACGCAAUGGAUAUGUCCUGGUACCAAGUGCUAGGUUAUGACAUUGUCGCAUUCCUUGUCCUGCUAGUUAUGAUUUUCAUAGCUGUGGUUAAGUUCACUUGUUCACUGAUUAGAAACAAAAUGAAAGGGAACAAGAAAACCAAAAACGACUAGGUAAACAAGAAAGCUAAGGGUAAAUAGGUAUAAGCUGUGCAGAACCAAAGUUAGUAACAGUUUUUGUGAACUGAACUUGAUCCUUUUUUAGGUUCAAACAAGGAAAGUGCCAUACCAAGGAUAGAUUUCUUGGCCAUACCUAUUGUGCCAUAAUGCCAUUCUAUUCACCAAUAACUCAUUGCUUGCAGUUCAUUCUUUUCAUCAUUACCAUCAUAACUUUGCGAUCCCACAUGAUUCCGAACAGUUAACAUAACAUUUCUUUGAGAGUACAAGCCAUGAAACUUUUCUAAAUUUGACCCGAGAGCCCCCACAGGACAAUCGCCAAUUAAGCACAGCACCAGGGGAGUCUCCCUUAUUAUUUCUGUUGUGAUCAAGAAGCUUAAUGUAUAUUUUUAGUUUACUCUUUAUAUCUAUUCUGCUUUUCUGUUCCCACAUAUCAUUUGGUAAAAUCUUUCUGGAUACAAUAUUCUGUACUAGCAUACGCUCUAGAAUUGUCUAAUUGAAAAUUCUAAAACUAUGCGCCUAAGAAACCUUGUUCCUGAACUCAGCGGUUAUGGUUAUGCAGCAACCAUAUCCGCUUUGGUUGGUGCGAAAUUUGAGAGCACCCAAAAAUACAUUUUGUUGUUCAAUUUGUUGUGUUAUAGAAGAAAAAAACAUUUUAACUCCAGCAGUGUUUGGUGAGCCAACCAAUAAGUUCCAGUUCGGUAUCAUUUCCUCAAAUGUAAAGAAGUAUUUGCUCACCUUAGGUAUACUCUCAAUAAGUUGUAGUGAUUUAGUCCACUCUUCUUUCUCCUGAAAUCCGACAAAGAUCAAAUGGUUGUCAACAAUAACUAGUACUGAUAAAGCCUACAAGUACAGAUUUUUUGUUUCAACAACAAUUAUAGAUUAUUCUUUCCGCGUCAUAAUGUACUUUUCUCAUGUUUUGUGCUUCAUUUGGACAUUCAAAUAAUCAAUUUUAUGAUGCAAGUUUUCGAAGUGGUAAACAGUAAGCACAUGAGGGCUGGAUUAACUUUUAUGUAUAUGUAUGCAGGAUGAUAUCAUAUAUUUCUUUUAUAUAUUGCUUAUAUUAUAUAUUGCUUUUGUCACCAUAAAAGAAUAGAUUGAUCUAAAAAUAACCUACUCCUUAAGUCCUCCAUACUCCCCACGAAAAUAGAAUAUUUCAUUCAAGAAAAAAACGGACAUUA